AUGAUCUCCGAGUACACCGCCGAGUUCAUGGAGGGCGUCGAGUUCGCCAUGUCUCCUUGCGAGAUGGAGGGAGUCGAGUUUUCUUCUUCCUCCGGACCCAUGGAGGGCAUCGAGCUCACGUCGGAGAGCUCCUCCAGUGUCAGCCCGCAGGUCCAUGUCGAGGACCUUGCGUCGUCCAACCAGGACGUCCACAUGGAGGAUGUUUUCCUCACCGACAAGCUUCCGGCUGAGACUUCUGGAGCUGAGAAGUCUCCAGCUAUGUGCAAGAGUUUGCGCCCGGGCCCGGACGGCAAGCUCCUGAAGCGCCCGUUUCAGGAAGAGCAGGAGUAUGCGAUUGAUCGCAUUAAACGGCGUCGUAUCGACAACGACAUCGUCUUGGUGUGCCUGAGCACAGUCACAGCCAAGAGCCUUUGGGCCCUCCAAAAAGCUCAACAAGCUUCGUCCGCCGGUGUCCCCGCCUCUAGCACAUCGGUCGCUCCCCCCUCUGGUUCUGGUCCCGGUCUUGCGUCUGGUGUCCCGUCUGGCACCCAGGAACAGACGACGGCUGCCCAGGUUGCGCCGGCUCCGGCCUCCGCUCCUGUCCAGACCCCCCAGCCGUCGUCGUGCGCCGCGUCUUCCGACCUCCGCACCGCCCAGUCCGAUGAUGUCCCCGCCGGCCUUCCCCAGCCGGCCAUGGAAACAGGUCUGGCCCCUGUUGUGUCGACCACCACGACCACCACCUCGACCACCACCACCACCGACAACGACGAGACCUCGUGUGUCUCAAGCGCGCCUGCUGCUGCCCCCGCGCCUGCUGUUCCCAUGCAGGACGCUAGCGCUGUCGUCGCGCCCGUCGUCGCUUCGUUUGCUGGCAGCUUGUCUGUCACUGAUGUCGCCAUGACCGGCGACAGUGCUGUCUCCACCGCUCGCCUCCCCCUCCCAGCGGCGAGUCACGAAGUCGAGAUGUCCGUGCCUGCGGGUGGCUCUUCGGAGUGGGACGUGGAGAUUGACGGCUCUGUCUGCGCCGAGUGGAUGCUUGAUGCCGAGGUUGCCUUUGGCGCCGACGUUGACGGCGGAAGCUCUGUCGGUGAUGUGGAGAUGGGCAGCAGCAGCGCCCCUGUUGCUUGCAACAGGCCUACGACCACUAGUCCCUCGUCUGCUGCCUCUUUCGGCUCUUCCACCGUCUCGUUCUCGUCCUCUGCCAGCUCGGCUUCUUCUCGUCUUUUCUCUUCCGUCGCGGCUUCGUCGAGUGUGUCGUCCUCCGCUUUCAGCGCCGGCUCGUCCACCUCUUCGUUCUCCCUCUCUCGCCCGGCGCAGGAGAAGAAGCCAGCUGGUAGUGACGCCACGGCGGUUUCUUCGACGUCUUCUGCCGUUCUGCCCGCCCCCCCUCCUGUCGCUCCGUCUGUUCUUGCAGGUGCAUUCCUGGAUGACCUGGCGAACGACAUCAGCCUCGGAGCUCCCACCAUUUCCGGCAACUUGUCGACGUUGGGAGCGGAUGCUUCGGCUGCCGGGAAGACGAAGACUGUUGAGAAUCCGGCCGCUACUGACGAGGCCAUGGAAGAGAGUUCUCCCGAGGAUCCCGACCUGCCCGAUUACGAGAGUCUGCAGGAGGAUGAUCUGCCCGACUACGAGAGCGUGCAGGGAGAUUUCCCGAUCGAGGCCGCCACCCUGACCGUCACCGACGAUGCUCCCGCCACCGACGAUGCUCCCGCCACCGUCACCGACGCCGACGCUGACGCUGUUGACGCUGACGCUGACGCUGACGACGACGACGACGAUCUUUCCGACGAUGACGAUGUCUCCGACGACGACGACGUCUCCGACGACGACGACAAUUCCGUUGACGAUGAUGGCGACGCCGUUGACAGCCCGCCCGCGCUCCCAGCCAGUUACUCCAUCCCGACGACGUCUUACGACUUCACGAUGUUCCGCCGCCUGGGUAGGCGCAUUCCGCACCCUGAGUGGUUGCCGGAGCUCGAGAAGAUGUGCGACUCGCUCGCCACGGGCUGGAAGUACGACCUCGCCGUUCGAGACAACUGGCAAGCCACGCAGGAUGCCGCGAACGAUGAAAGUCGCUCCGAACGCUCGUUUGACCAAGAGUGCAGGUACUUCGGUACUGCCGUCAUGGCUUUCGCGAAGAGGCUCGAGGGCGAGCAGCAGGAGAGGGAAGCCAGGGAGGCUACGGAUGCUCAGGAGUAG